GCUCCAGGACGUAAGAUUAGGGCUUUACCAAACAAUUAUUGUCAGCUAAAAUUUCCUAAAAACAAAAUCGCAAGUGAAAAAAACCUGUAUUUCACACUCAGUUGCUCGUUCACUGCUCAAACUUCUUGAGUCAGAGGUAUUAAAUGGCGUUACAAGAGCAAAAGAAUGCACCAGAUGGGAACAAUGGGAAUGAAGUCUCUACUAACAUGACCAUUUACAUCAACAAUCUCAACGAGAAAAUCAAAAUCGACGAAUUGAAAAAAUCACUGCACGCUGUAUUCUCGCAAUUUGGGAAGAUAAUAGAGAUUUUGGCAUUUAAGACGCUGAAGCAUAAAGGCCAAGCUUGGGUUGUGUUUGAGAAUGUUCAGUCUGCUUCUAAUGCUAUGAGGCAAAUGCAGAAUUUUCCUUUUUAUGAUAAGCCCAUGAGAAUACAAUAUGCAAAAUCUAAAUCAGAUGUCAUUGCGAAGGCUGAUGGCACUUUUGUUCCAAGAGAGAAGAGAAAGAGGCAUGAUGAAAAAGGAAAAAAGAAGAAAGAGCAGCAUGAUGCUAAUCAAAUGGGUAUGGCUCCUGCUUAUGCUGGCGGCUACGGUGCAACACCUCCGCUAUCCCAAAUACCGUAUCCAGGGGGUGCAAAAUCUAUGCUACCUGAGGCUCCAGCUCCACCAAAUAGCAUACUCUUUGUUCAAAAUCUUCCAAAUGACACAACCCCGAUGGUGCUGCAAAUGUUCUUUCAGCAAUACAGUGGUUUUAAGGAGGUUAGGAUGGUGGAAGCAAAGCCAGGGAUUGCCUUUGUCGAGUAUGCAGAUGAGAUGCAAGCAACAGUCGCAAUGCACGGACUUCAGACUUUUAAGAUUCAACAGAAUCCAAUGCUGAUUACCUAUGCCAAGAAAUAAUUAGGGGUUCUUCUGAUGUUAUCCUUCAUUGGAGAAACAACAAUUAGGAACUAGAAUGUUUUAAAGCUGUAAUUGCUUGUCUGCUGUGUCGGAUUGAUAGGUUACAAGAAGCUUAGGGUUUUUGGGCGUAUCAUCAUCAUCAAAAAUAGUGACUUUUCAGUGUUGUUUGUUGGAAGGUGAUUAGCACAGUAGAUUGAUAAUUUGUUUGUAUUUCACUUCCUCAAACAUUUUAGAAAAUACAAACUCAAAUGUAAAAUGGAAUCAUUCUGUCA